AUGGCUGUUGUCAAGUUCUUCAAGGAAAAAAAACUCAACGAUGAUUUUUUCUUCUUUGAUAUGGAGCUUGAUGAGUUAGGUCAAACAAGGUGUGUCUUUUGGGCAGAUGGAAGAUCUAGAAUGGCCUAUUCACAAUUUGGAGAUGUUGUUAUUUUUGACACUACUUAUAAGACAAAUCGAUUUGGCUUCCCCUUUGCACCUUUUGUUGGAGUUAACCAUCAUAUGCAAUUUAUUUUAUUUGGUUGUGCUCUAAUUGCCGAUGAAAAAGAAGAAAGUUUUCUAUGGGUAUUCCAAGCAUGGCUAAAAUGUAUGCUAGAGAAAUAUCCAAAAACCAUUAUUACAGAUCAAGAUUUGGCUAUGGGGAAGGCUAUUGCAAAUGUUUUUCCAAACUCUAGCCAUCGACUUUGCUCUUGGCACAUUGGAAGGAAUUCAAUGAAGUAUUUAGUAGAUUUGAAGAGUAAAGAUGGCUUUAUGCGGGAAUACAACAACUGGUUGCAUCAUAGUGAAUCUAUUGAAGCAUUUGAGAAUAGAUGGGGUAAAAUUAAAGCAACAUACAACAUUGAUGAAAAACACUGGUUGAGCAAGAUGUAUAACAUUCGAAAUAAAUGGGUUUCUUUAUAUUGGCAAGAUAUAUUCACAGCUGGAAUGACUACUACACAACGCAGUGAAAGUAUCAACUCAUUUUUUGAUGGAUUUGUUAAUGCUCAAACAGCAUUGGAUGAGUUUGUUGUUCAAUAUGAUAAAGCUUUGCUUGCUCGAAGAAAUGCUGAAGAAAAUGAAGAUUUCAAGACUUUGAACUCUGUACCUAACUAUCACACAAGUCAUCCAAUCGAGAGACAUGCAGGAGAAGUGUAUACAAGAGUUGUGUUUAAUAUCUUUCAAGUGGAAUUGCGAGAAAGUGAUAGUAUGCUUGCCGAACGAGUUCGAGAUGGGGGUAAUCAUGCUAAAUAUGCAAUUUGUAAUGAUAUGGUUGUAUUUAUUAAAAACUGUACUGAAGAUGGGGAACCUUUUGCUACAUGCUCUUGUAAGAAAUUUGAGAGAGAGGGUUUGUUGUGUCGCCACAUAUUGAAAAUAUUUAAAAAAAAGGAGGUUGUAAAGAUCCCCCAAAGAUAUGUUCUAUGUCGUUGGACUAUGGGUGCAAGGUAUUUGUCAAGUGUUAUGAUGGUCGAGACACACAACAACGCCUUUACACCUUUGAUGAAGUGGAAUGCACAAAAUAUGUGUUUUCGUAUUGCUCAAUCUAUAUCAUCCCAAGAGAUGUAUGAAAAAAUUAUGCCUAAGCUAAAUGACAUCUUCAAAAUGAUUGGUGAAAUGGCUAGUGUACAAGAACAUAGAUCAUGCACCGACGGGCAAAAUGAGGAAAAUCAAGAUGUCAUUGGUUCCUCUUCGUGGCCUCCAUUCUCAAGUGAAGAAAACAUCUAUGGGUCACACAUUAGUAUUGUUGAUCCAAAACCUAUCAAAAGCAAAGGGUGA